AUGUUGUUGAAAAUAAUAAUUUUGGCUGCAGAGAUUGCAGUCGCGCUCGCUAGCAGCGUCUCUCUCCCAAUCUACCACUCCAUACGCAAUUCAGACACACAGGAAUGGGCAUACGCUCAAGGCCUCAAGCAGCGUGCUAAGUACGGCCAUCCAUUGCUUCUCGGCCGCGAGAGAAUGUCCACCAGAUCAAUUAUCGCACUCACAAACCAAAAUAUCGAUGCCGCUUACUACGCGACUAUCGGCAUCGGCACCCCGCAGCAGACGUUCCAAGUCAUUCUAGAUACGGGCUCCUCGGCUCUGUGGAUCAUCGACUCGGCUCUCUCGGACGCCGAGGAAGGUAAGUUUGGAAAUGGCUACGAUCCCGAAACCAGCAGCACUUUUGAGAACAGGACGGACGGAUUCUCCGUCACUUACGGCUCCGGACAGGCUUUUGGUUACGAUGCUACCGAUGACGUUCAAUUGGGCGCUUACAAACUCUCGUCUUCCCCAUUGGCCAUCGUCGAUCAGGUCACCUCGUCUCUCAUUUCUGCUCCUGUCUCGGGUAUCAUGGGUCUCGCUUGGGCCAAAUUGUCCCAAGAUGUCGGUACUCCUUUCUGGGAGCAACUCGUCCAGAAUGGCCAGAUCAGCGAUGACCAUACCAUGUCAUUCUAUCUCACACGUAUGCGUUCCAACAGACAGGCUCAGUCUUUGGAACCCGGCGGUGUCUUCACUCUAGGUGAACUCGACGACUCGCUCUACACAGGCAACGUCUCUUACCACAGCAUUUUGGGUGAAGACUGGUGGAGAGUUAAAAUGACCGCUAUUAAUGUCGAUGGUUCUACUGCUUUUUCCCCGUCUAUCACUGUCGGCGCAGGUGUUGAUUCUGGUACUACCCUCAUCGGCGGUCCUCACGACGACAUUGCAAAGAUCUGGGAGGCUGUUGAAGGCGCACAAGAGGGCACUGGCAACUACCAAGGCUAUUGGUUCUACCCUUGCACCACGAAUCCCAAUAUUGAGAUUGUAAUCGAUGGUACACCUUACGCAGUCAACCCUGAAGAUCUCAAAUUUAACGAGUCUAGCGACGGGACUUGCCAGGGUGCAAUAUUUGCACUCAGCUCUGGUUCUACUCAAGGUACUGACAACCGUCUCGAGUGGGUCCUCGGUGACACGUUCAUGAAGAACUACUACACUGUCUUCAGAUACUCUCCACCAGCUGUCGGUUUUGCGGAACUUUCAGAAAAUGCAAAGGCUAGCCAAACUGAAGCUGGCACAGUGCCGUCUCAGACUGUAGGCGAUGCUGACAGCUUCGGCGAAUCCGCCGCUCCAUCUAGCUACCAACCAGCCUUCAUCCUCCCUAUUGCAAUUACUCUCACCACUAUUAUUGCAUUGUCCAUUUAG